CCUCUUGAGACUGCAACGUUUCUGGUACUCCACUGCAGGUAUGCUGGUUCCCUUAUGCUGCCUUCCAUUGUUUCUCAAGUAAAGUGAGAAAAUAUCUUCAAAUUAUGUAUAAUGGAAAAAAAACAUUGUUAUUGAAAUUUCAAGAAUCAUAUCAGUUCACAAUUAUUAAAUUUAUUCAAUUGAGCUGAUAAGCCAAUAAUCUGAAGUUGGGAUACUGAAUACUGAAAAAAUCUGGUAACUGAUAAUCAGAACAACAAAUAAAUCAUAAAAUAUCGGAAAAUCAACUCCAAACCUUGAUAAUUUCACCAAUUCACACUUGAUUCAUUCAUUCAUUCAGUCAAACUAUAAUUUAAUAACAAACUGUAAAGAUAUUCUAUCUAAUUAUCACCAAACUAAUAGCUGACUACUUUCAACUCUUGCAAUUUCGACUCUUCAAAUAGUGUUGUUUUCAAAAAGUGUUUACUCAGAGUCAGUUUGAUUGUCAUCUUCACAUCGCAAUAUCACAAUCAAAAAGGCUCUGAAUUUUGUCCUCAGCGAGCUGAUAAAAGUUAUUUGGGUUAAUAACUUUUCUUCUGCUUCAUAUUUCCAAGAUUCUAUUUAAUUAUAUCAAAAUGUUUUCCUCCGUGGUACGUCCAUUGACCAGAAAAGUCCUUGCCCGAUCAGGACAAUCUAACUCAGUGAGGCAAUUAGCUCAUGAGCCAGCUAAGAGUGGCUCCUGCCUCAUGGACCAACUUCCAGUACCAGAAGGAUCCUGGGAAGCUAACUACAAAGCCCAAAAUGCAAAGUACAACAUGCAAUUACUCGCUGGUAUUGGAUUUUUUUUGGCAACCCUUGCUUUUGGUGAAUACAAUGGAUACUUCUAUGCGGGAGCGAGGCUUCCAGAACUACCCAAAAAGAAUUGAAGUCUUAUUGAAAACUAACUUAGUUUUUUAGCCUCGUAUAAAAUGGUAAACUGAGAUGUUCCAUAAAGUGUUGCUUCAGAACUUGUACAUACUAUAGCCUCUUAAAAUGUGAAGAUUAAAAUUCCUGUUCCAAAAAUG